AGACAGACCAGCUAACCCGUCGUCGUCGCAGACAGACAGACGAAGAAAUACCACGAACGCGGAGGUUCGUCACUUGAGCCAUCGAUCGACCAAGUCUUCGGCCGAAGGUUUUUCUUUUCUUCCGCACUAGAAUUUCGUUCGCCAAUUUGCGCGUGCGUACGUAGUUUAGUGGUCCGAUAAGCUUCAAAAUUGUCUGGCUAAGAAUGUGGAAACCGAUCGAGUUGGCGCUGCUUUCGCUGGGAGUAAUACUACUUUCUAAUCAAAUCGCCCAAACCAAUGCCCUCCUGAAGCGAUGCUACCAGUGCAGAUCCCGGGGGGAGCUCGGAAGCUGCAAGGAUCCGUUUACGUACAAUGCGACCCAGGUGGAGAAUGAACACGGUGUGACGGCGGUUCCGUGCGCGUCCGGCUGGUGCGGAAAGGUCAUCGAGGGACAGGGAUCGUUCCGGGAAGAUGGUGAGUGGAAAAUAACAUUUUUAACAUAA